AAUUUACAUUCCAAAGAUAGAGAAGAGCACACAGAAGAGUAGAAUAAGCAGAGAACAACAAAAAUGGCAGCUGCAAAUGCAAACCUCUUGAAAACAAGAGGAAGUUAUCUCCUUUGCUACUACAACCACAACACUAUCCUAACUCAUCACACUCCUCGUUUCCUCCCAUUCUCUCUCCUCUCCUCUUCUAAACCUCCAUUUCUCUCUCUCCUGUCUUCCACUCCUUCACUUCCAUCUCCAAUCUCCAGACGCCAUUUUCGCCACCUUUGCACAGCACCAGAUGCUCCAAUUUCAACUUCAACAUCAACAUCAACCGCAAUUGACGCAUCUUCCGCAAAUGCAGCUCCUCCUCCGCAAAUGCAAUCGGCAGAGUCGGUGAAGGAUGUGGCGAGUUCGCUGGAUAUUAGGGUUGGGAAGGUGUUGAAGGCGUGGCGGCAUCCGGAUGCGGAUUCUUUGUAUGUGGAGGAGGUUGAUAUUGGGGAAGAGGAGACUAGGACUAUUUGUAGCGGUCUUGUUAAAUAUCUUCCUCUUGAUCAUCUUCAGGACAAAAAGGUGAUUGUCCUUGCCAAUCUGAAACCAAGAAACAUGCGUGGUGUCAAGUCGUAUGGUAUGCUUAUGGCUGCUUCUGAUGCGUCACAUGAGAAUGUUGAGCUCCUUGUGCCUCCCGAGGAGUCAGUUCCUGGUGAAAGAGUCUGGUUUGGCUCAGAAGAGGAAAAGGAAAAUCAACCCGCUGCUGCAACUGCUAAUCAGAUUCAAAAGAAAAAGAUCUGGGAAAUCGUUCAGCCCCAUUUGAAGACCGAUGCUUCUUGCAUUGCAAUGCUCGAUGAGCAUUACAUGAGGACUUCUGCAGGUCCUGUGGUUUCCAAAUCCCUAAAGAACGCAAAUAUAUCUUAAUUCAAUGGACAUCAUGCGUCAUUUAGCUGAUUUUUUUAAUUCUAUUCUUUCAAUUUAGUAAACGUAACCUUUGUAACAGUGACAAACUAUUGAUUUCUUCAUGUUCUUCAGUAAAUGCGGUUAUGGAUAGCCUUUUGUUUA